AUGUCGUCCUUCUAUGUCUCUGAAUACGACGAGUGGAGACAGCGACAGAAUGCAAUGAUGAAUCAUGAGGAAGAAACAGAAAGCUCAAACCACCAAGAACCCAAGAUAGAUCCUCCUAGGCACAAUCACAACACACACAACCGUAACCAGCGAAACCAACAAUUGGCGACCAGCCAAAUCAGCCACUACAAUUCCACAGGUGCCAAUUCCAGUUUGUACGUCAAGUCCGAUGACGCGCCUCCACAACAACAAGAAGAGGAGGAAGAUGAAGACUUGGGUUACUUUGAUAUUCAUCUUGGCCCUUCGGCCCGAGUGUCAGCCUUGCAUUUGGACGUACGAGACUCCGCUACGUUAAUACCGACCCGAGAAUCCGAUUAUGGGACGGACCCCAAGCCUGUCAGUUGGAACGUUCGCAAGUCCAACUCACGCGCUAAUAACAAAAAGACGACUCCUGCUAGGUCUAGGCAGAGUAACUUGUAUUCGAUGGACGAAGUAUCAGAGGAGGACGACGAGGCCAUUAUAGAACAUAUUGAACGGAGUUUUCGGACGGCACCGCUCCAUACGAGUAGCGACACCAAAUCCACGGCACCACUGGCGUCAUCGCCGAGUAGUGAUUCCAAAAAUUCGAGGGACUUUACUCGACCGAUUGUAGCAAAAAGGAAAGGAUCACCAAAACCAACAUAUCCUGAACCAAAUCGAAGGUUCGGACUGAAAGCAGCAAUAUUUUGUCUGGGAAUGGUGGGGCUAAUUAUUUGGCUGUUGAAUUCGCAAGGGCAAAUACGCUUUUGGGAACAGACAGAGUCGCCCAAAGGAAUGACCACUGGUACUUCUCCUGCUGCAAUACCCUUGGCCAGGCCGGCCAAGUCCACCUUUGUCCAAGAAUUUGGGACUGGCAUUGAGGAAUACUUGGAUGAUCCGGAUUCUCCUCAGUUCAAAGCCGCCAAAUGGAUGGAUGAAGUCGACACUCGAUUCCAAUUGCCAUUGGUAAGCGGUGACUCGGCAGCUUUUCGGCAGAGAUUUGUCUUAGCGACUUUUUAUUUUGCCACUGGUGGUGGAGACGGCUUUUGGUAUGACGAUUACUCUUUCUUGUCUGCUAGCCAUGAAUGCAACUGGAACUCAGGAUCAAGUGGAAUCCAGUGCAACUCUAGCCGCGUUGUGAUUGGAAUCAAAAUGCUCUUGAAUGGUCUUCGAGGCUCGUUGCCCCCCGAAAUUGGUGCCCUGGAGAAUCUUCAAAGCAUCACGCUAGAUGGAAAUAGAAUUACUGGGUCAAUUCCAGAAGAAAUCUACCGACUGACCAACCUUCGAUCCCUAUCAAUGCCAUUCAAUCAAUUUAGCGGGAGCAUUAGCCCGUCCAUUGGUAAUCUUCAGGAGCUGACGACUCUGUGUCUAGAACAAGGAUCGCUGGGUGGCACUUUCCCAGCGGAGAUGAACUUUUUGACCAACCUGGAAACCGUUGAACUAUCCAAGAACUUCUUCGUAGGAAGAAUACCUUAUGAAAUGGCGAACUUUCCUCGUCUACAAAAGCUGGAUGUUUCCAACAACAACCUCAGGGGAAGAAUACCGCAAGGAAGCUAUCGAGGAAUGGAAGAAUUCAUUGUGGAUACGAAUCAGCUCACGGGUGAAUUCCCACGAUCUGUACUCAGGCGGAAAUUAACAAAGCUAAGUCUACACAACAAUCGACUCAGCGGUAAACUUCCCUUGAAUGAAUGGACAACUGCUACGUCCCUCGAGUCUAUUGACAUCUCUUACAAUGAGUUCCAAGGCCGCAUCCCUCCCACGAUCGGAUCCAUUCGUGAUUUGAAUACCCUUGUUGCCAGGGAUGCAGGACUGUCCGGACCACUUCCUCCCGACUUAGAUAAUACUUCAUUGGAGGUGCUGAACGUUGAAGGAAACUCUUUGAGCGGAAGUAUUCCGCUGAGUUAUGCAAAUCUUCCUUUGGUACAAUUCGCGAUUGGCCGAAACCUUUUAGCUGGAGAUAUAUCAUUCCUAUGUGCACUAUCUACUAUUCAGGAAUUGUCAGCGGACUGUGCGCGUCAAUCUGGUAUCUUUUGUUCUUGCUGCACAACAUGUUUCUCAAAGCAACAGCGAGAUUCAAAGAACAACAUUUUUGAUCGGUCAACUGGUUGA